CAAAGGGCAGUGAAACGACGUCGUGUGAAUUGUCCACCAUACAAGACAAUCUCUGAAGGCUGGGUCUUUAGAUUUUGAGCCAGAAAGUUCCAAGAGUCUCCUCAAUCAAUUUACCAAUUUUCUUUCUAUUCGUCUUCUGUCUCUGAAAUUUACAGGUUUUUAGUGUGAGCUUUUAGAGAUGGCGGCUGAACCCAAGGCAGCGAGCGAUGAUGCAAAGAUCGAUCUCUUCGAAGACGACGAUGAGUUCGAAGAGUUUGAAAUCAAUGCAGAAUGGGAGGACAAGGAAGAAGGAAAAGAAGUGACGCAACAGUGGGAAGAUGACUGGGAUGAUGAUGAUGUUAAUGAUGAUUUCUCUCUGCAGCUGAGGAGGGAACUGGAGAACAAUUCUGAGAAAAGUUGAGCUUAGUCUAUGGGAUUUGUCAAUCACAUUCUAUGCAAUCUAGUCUUUGAACUUGUUAUUGGCUUUUCUGUUAUCUUUAACUGCAAGGAUGGAUGAAUAUCAGAUACUUGUUCACUUUGUUUGAGUUUCAAUAUCAACUUGCGUUCUGCAAUUAAAACA